UGAUGGAAUGGAAAAUCUACGAAGCACUGAGGUCUUGCAAUAAUCUCGCGGAGCUCCGAGAAGCCCACUCCAAUCUCGCUGCUAAGAAUCAUCCUCCCAGGCAGGUCUCCAGCUUGCUAAUUGAGCUCUAUGGCAAGUAUGGGAGCGUGAUCGAGGCCCGCCAGGUUUAUGAGCGCAUCCAACGCCCAGAUCUCUUCGCGCGGAGCGUGAUGAUGGUAGCCUAUGGCCGGAAUGGGUAUCUAGAAGAUGCCCAGCGCACAUUCUGGGCCAUGCCGGAGCACAACGUCGUGACGUGGACGUCCAUGAUUGGGCUAUACGGGCGGGCCGGCCGCGUGGACGACGCUAAGUGGCUUUUUGACGCGAUGCCCAUGUGGAAUGUGGUGAGCUGGAAUGCCGUCGUGGCAGCAUAUGCCCAAAAUGGGCAUCUGCUACAGUCGAGGAGGAUGCUCGAGGAGAUGCCCGAGCAUGAUGCCGUGUCUUGGAAUAUCUUCCUCUCGGGGCUGACUAGGGUUUUGGAUGUGGCGGGCGCCAAGGCGGUGUUCGAUCGCCUCCCGGAGGUCACGAUCGUGUCGUGCAACAUCAUGGUCGCGGCGUAUUCCUCGAUCGGCUGCUGGAAUCUGGCGGAGGAGCUGCUGGAUCGAAUGCCCGAGCAGAGCGUCGUGUCCUGGAACACGGCGCUGUCGAUCUUGGCCCAGAACGGGCAUCUCGGCCAGGCGAAGAUCGUCUUUGACAGGAUGCCGGAGCGGAGCGUUUUCUCCUGGACGGCGAUCAUGACGGCGUAUUCCAGUGCCGGGAAGAUCGACGAGGCGAGGAGCUUGCUCGAUCAGAUGCCGGAGUGGAGCGUGGUGGCCUGGAAUGCGAUGAUCGCGGUCUAUGCCCGGUCCGGGCAUAUGGCUGCUGCCGAGAGCGUCUUUUCGGGAUUGCCCGAGAAAGAUCUCGUUUCCUGGAACACAAUUCUUGCCGGCUAUGGCGAGAAUGACUCGCUUGAGCAUGCGAGGUAUGUGUUUGAUUUGAUGAGCGAGAGGAAUGCUGUGUCCUGGACGGCUGUGGUGGUAGCAUAUGCCCAGAAAGGGGAAAUUGGAGAGGCCAAGAAGCUGUUCGCUAUGAUGCCUGGGCAGGAAUUGGUAGCCUGGAACGCGAUUAUCUGUGAGAGUGGGCGAAGCUCUAGGCACUGCCGGGAUUCCAUGGAGCUCUUCCACGAGAUGGUGUUGCUGGGUGUGGAUCCGGACCGGGUUUCUUUCACGGGAGUUCUAAACGCUUGCAGCCAUGCCGGAUACUUGGAUCGCAGCUUGCACUAUCUCUCGAGUAUGUGGAGCGAUCACGCCUUGACGCCCAUGAAGGAGCAGCUUUGCUGCUUGAUAGAUGUUCUUGGUCGAGCUGGGCGAUUGAAGGAGGCCGAGGUGGCGGCGAAGAAGAUGAGCUUCAACGGUGUUUUGGAGUGGAAGGCGUUGCUGGCGGCGUGUAAGAUCCAUGGCGACGUCUCUCUUGCGGCUAAUGCAGCCAAGCGUGUUCUUGGUUUGGAUCCAGGGAAUUGUGCUGCGUUCAAGCUGCUCCAUAACAUUUAUUCCGAGAAGAUGGAGUGAUUGCAAACAAUGAUAUCAUCUUCGUUGGCGACCACCUUCUAGCUUCACAGGACUUCCUCGGUAGAAAUCGCGAAGAUCGUCCUGUCCACAGUGAAGGAUCUGAAGACUUCGAAGGAUCCAGAUUUCAAAAAUUUCAGAACUUUGGAAAGCUCUUUACCUUUCUAUUGCUGGUCCAGAAACCCCAGAACUAUUAAGUGCGAGUUUCGGCAAUGAGCCUCUACUUUGCUCCGGAAUUUGGAUCACGCUGUACAGUAUUCUGGUGUUAUUGCUUGAAAAGGUUUACUUGAAGUUCCAGUUCACAUCUCGAAAGGUGCAGCAUAUAGACACGAGAAUUGAUUAUUGUACCAAUGCGAGCAGAAACAAAUCCUCCAGGUUUGAAAUUUCCACGGGCGUGCUGUUGUGCACAUCUGAUUUUAUUUUUUGUUGUUGUUUGUGGUCUUACUAAUGGUAUGCUACUGCUCUAGUAGCUGCUAUCUGACGGUGCUACUGCACUUACUCAAUGAUCGCGUCAUUCACAGCGUCGUCACUCACGGAAGUCAGUAUUUUCUCCUGUAUUUGCUGAUAACGACUUGGAAGACGACCUUUGCAACAAGGCGAGAGAGAUGCUACAGGUACUUUCUCUCUUUUUUUUAUCAAGAAGUAUUGAUGUAUGGAUCACUGUUUUGUCACAAAGAGCUCUUUGUGUUUUUGUGUCAGGGAGGCAUUGAAGGUGUCCGUCCGUCCAUGAAAUCCAGCUGGGGCGGGCUUGUCGCGUGCUUUGCUUUCGCAUUAAGGCGCAAAAUCGGAAGACUAACAGCAGAAGUGCUGAGCCGAGAAAGAACAUAAGUAAGAGAGUGCUUGGGCUUUGCCAUCCAUGCGAGAGGGCGGGGCUAUUCUGGCUCGUUGACUUAAAAGCUAAGCUCAAAAGUGGAGCUUCACAGCAGGAGUGUGGGCAUAUUCUCGGGCAAUCAAUUUGGCGAAAGCAACAGAGAGGGUACAUACAAAGCUCCCUCGUCUUUAUUCAGAUGGGAGCAAAACUCAAGGGGGGUGGGGUUGGAGAUGGUGGGGAUCGAAAAAAAAGGAAAAGAGGUGGCUCCAUUUAGAACUUGGUGGCUACGGCCCCCUGGCGCCUUCACUUAAAAGGGGUCGGUGUCUUUGAGCGCAUAUCACUGCUGACGCUGUAGCGAGCGUAGAAGAAGUACGUGGAGAUCUAUAGCCCAGAUGCACAGCUCCAAAGUCGUGACCCACCACCAUCUUUUGAGAACGUCAGCCUCCCGCGCAAAUGAUUUUGACAAGCUUGGCGCAGCUGCUUUCAGGACCAUCUGGGAUGGCUUGGGAGGGAUUUGGAAAACUCUGGAGCUUUCUUACUCAAACUUGAGGGACUGAGACUUGCUUUGGCGCUUUUGUUUUACUACUGGUGCCGAGAGAGCUGAGUGGCCGCACAAGCUGCCGAUUGCUUUUCGUGUGGUGCCUGCGUCUGCGGUGUACAUUCUCUUCCGGUACUCUUUACUUUACGACCAGCUAACCUCUCUCGUAACUUGUAAGAAGAUGCUCCUGUGACCGACAUGCCAUCACCAUCGCCACGAUGUGUCCGUGUAUCUGGCUGGCUACGACGCAGCAUCGUCUUGCUGCUCGCUCCUGACGUCCCAUAUUCAAUGACACCGAGACAAAGGCGAAAAAGGCAUGUCACCCAGAGUUUGGAUGGAUUGGCCUUGGAUCCAUGUCACUCGAACUCAAAGACAGGGGCCGCUGCUGCUCAAAGACAUUCAAACGAUUUGUCGCGCGAGCCUUCAUGGACCACAGCUGAUUAUGGCCGGGGCUGUUUUCUGCAGAGGCAGGCAAUUUGUGGAGUAUCGUUUUAUUCCUCGGCUUCCAAUCUACAUCCGGAAAGGCAUGGCUGCAAGGCGGAACUUAAUACCCGCUGGACUGGCCCCUGCGCCUCGAGAGCGAGGCACCAAUCAAGUUAUCGCAAUCCGGAGGCCGCAUUCAAUGGCCAAACUUACACAGCAAACCAACUGGAAGACACAGCGACACACACACCACUACUACUACUACUACCACUGCUGCUACUUCACUUCGCAUUCCCCGGCAUUACUCGCGCGACCAGAUUGCACCAGGUUACGCAUUUACAACAACAGCUUUUAUUUUGAUGCAGCUCGCUCAAUCUCCGGUUUGAGGCACAGAAUCAGAACAACGACAGACGGCUACAACAUUAUAUAUUUUUACUGCCCGCCGCCGACCACACCACACUCGCCAUUAGUUUUCUCUCCUAAACUUGCGGAGCUCCACAAGGAAAAGGGUCAAGUGCAAUGGUUUUAGCGAGACGAAGCAACGCAAAAGCCCAACGCUUGACCCUUCGGGAGGGGCGGUCGGGCGCAGAAAAAGAUUCUCACAUCUCUCAUGUUGUGCAGUGCUUUUUCUUCUUUUUGCAGUGCUCCCCAACUUAAAUAUCUUUGCGAACGUUCAAAGCAACAAAGGAAAAGAAUGGCGAUUGGGAAUUUAAAAAGAGGAAACUCUCCCGGGCGAGAUGAUAUUUGGAAGGGCGGAUCAACGCGAAAGUCUCUGGAAGAAUAGUUGAAAAGGUGAUAUGUUCCUGUGCGAGGAUUUGGGCUGUGUGCCAGCGCUGGCUCUGGAUCCAUGGUCACGCAAACGAUCCAAAUCGAAUAAAAAUUUUAUUUUGUCCGAGAAAA